AUGCCCUUUUCUAAUAAGCAGUUAAUAUGUAAAUGUGAUAGGCAAGUUGACAGUAAAUUUAACAAUGUACUGAACCCAAAAUUUAACUCAGUUCUCAUAGUCAGAUGCUGGAUGUGUCAUGAACUGGAGGAAUCCAACCUCAAGUUCUACAGGAAAAUUAGUUGUCAGAACCGUAGCCUGCAGAAUAUUAUGGUGGAAAAGUUGGAGAUUUCAUCCGGACAUGCAGAAGUGAAUCCUAGAGAGCUUGGAGAAGAAAUUGAGAGAAAAAGGGAACAAUUCCAGGCCAACCUCCAGCCAUUCUGUCGACAAUGUAAAAGAAAUGAGGUGAAGUUGGAGGUCAAACUUGCAGCAGGAAUAUCUCCUACAAAAAUAACACUCGAAGAAGCACAAAACUCUAAUACACGAUGGAUUGUUCUAGACAGAAGUAUUGAUAUGUGCUGUGAUAUACUUGACAGUCACUUAAAGAAGCACAAAUUUUUUAUAUACGGGCGUGUAGAAUGCAAUAUAGCAGUAAUGAAAGGAAAAGAUGUUGCCACAUUGAUGCCAUCAAGAGCUCCCAAGCCUGACUACUCUUCUGCAAAUUGUGAAAGAGCUGAUGGUGAAACUUGCCCUGAAAAUCAACCCCUGAAUGAUCUGAAAAAUGGAAAUCCGGAUGUUGUUGAGGAAGGGGAAACAUCAAUAUCUCCACCUUCACAUGGUUCUUGUUGGUAUCCGUUGCAAUGGAGAGCCGGUUUUCCUCGAAAAUUUUCUCUCAGUGAAAUUGAAGAGAUUACUAAUGGUUUCACUGAUAUUCUUUUUGAUAGCGAAAUAUUAAAAAUUUAUGAAGGAGUAUUGCAGAAUGCACUUGUUAUAGUCAAAUCUUUUCAAGAUGAUGAACGAUUUUGGUCAAUGCUUACGAUCCUUUCCCGGGUACGCCAUCGCAAUAUCAUGAACAUGAUCGGAUAUUGCUGCACUGGUACAAACAGAUUACUCAUAUCCGAAUUUUCAUGUUUGAAUAGUGUUGCAAUGAACUUGGAAUGUGAUACAUCGGCUAGUAACCUACCUUGGAGAGCAAGGUGGAAUACUGCUAUGGAAAUAGGUGGCAGCUUGCGCUAUCUUCACGAAGAAUGUCCUGAUGGGUCAAUUGUUCACCAGUCUGUCUGUUCAUCUAACGUUUUCUAUUCUCAUGGUUACUCGGUGAUGCUAAGCCAUUUUAUAACAGCCAAGUGGCUCAAGGAUGAUGUUCCCUGUAAUGGGAAUUCAACAGUCAAAUGCCCAAACCCAGGGAAAGACGAGCGGCUUUAUGUGGAUGUACGUGGCUAUGGAUUGUUUCUUGUGGAGCUUAUUACUGGAAAGGUUGCCAAUUGCGUUCCAAAUGAAAGCAAGGGUCAAUCCUUGAUAGAUUGGAUAUGCAUUCCUGGAAGUUUUUGGACAUCUAGAAUGUACAUUGAAGCGCUGCCACUUCUAGAGAGUGGUUCAGUCACUCAAUUGAUGGACCCCAGAUUGACAGAUAAGGAUGAUCAUUCAAGGGUUGUUCAUUAUAUGGCUCGUGCGGCUUUGCUCUGUCUGAAGAAUGAUUCAGGUUGCAGGCCUUCCAUAAGCGAGAGUGCCUCUGUUUACCUCAUAGAUAACUUGAGACUUGUACUGGUCAUUGAUUUCAUUGAUUUCCAAGUGAAAAUGCUGGACAGAGCAGCUGUGGGAAAUGAAUCCUGUCUGCCUCCUUCGCUUCACGAGAUACCAUCAUUUUCUGUUCUUCUCGUCUAUUACAGCCACGGUUAUAAACAUGUUUCGAUUCCAAAAUGGCAUAAACAUAUUCCACCUCAGAUGGAAUGGGUUACAAUUAGAAUUUGUAAUUUAGAACACGAUAUAGAUAUAUUUGACAUUCUAAUAGAUCUUAAGGCAGAUGAAUCAUUCAACGGGAAAACGCUUUUGAGACGCCGGGACGCAGGAAUCUCACCGGCGGGGCAGAGCUCAGCCGAGCCGGAGCCGGCAUCAACGCGCCGUCGAGCUGGAGCACAGAAUAGAAAAGCUAAUUCCCUUUACGGAUCGAGCUCUUCAUUAACUCCGUCGAAACGGGUUACUCGAGAGAAGUCAAACUUGAUCUCCCACUCUCCGAUCAACCAUUACGGUCCUUUAACUAGGGCUCGCCAAGGGGCGCCUAGAGGAAACCUAGCCUUGGGUUUCGGUUCAGGAUCGGGUGGCGCGAAGCUCCAGGAGAGGAGUUUGGUAAAAGAGAGUGUAAAAGCUGAAGAUUUGGACGAAUUUAAUAAGGCAAGUGAAGAGUGGGAGGCUUUAGAAUCGAAUAUUGAGGCUGAGCUUGAGGCUGUUAAAUCUCGUGACAAUAAUGCGCAUGUGGUUCCUAAUCAAUGCGGAUGGUUUUCAUGGACAAAAGUUCACCAUCUGGAGGAGCAUGUCUUGCCUUCUUUCUUUAAUGGGAAAUCCCCAAUGCGUACCCAUGAUGUGUACAUGGAUAUACGAAACUGUAUUAUGAAGAAAUUUCAUGCAAAUUCAGGUGCACUGAUUGAGUUGAAAGACCUGGCAGAUCUUGAAGUUGGUGACUUGGAUGCAAGGCAGGAGGUAUUGGAGUUCCUGGACUACUGGGGUUUGAUUAACUUUCAUCCAUUCCCUCCAGUUGGUUCUGCUGUGCCCAAUGCUGAUGGGGAUCAGAUGGCCAAAAAGGAUUCUUUGCUUGAAAAAUUGUUUCACUUUGAGGCAAUUGAAUCACGUCCACAAGUUGUUCCCGGACCUAACCUUUCAACUCCAUCUGUACCAUCUAGGUUUCUUCGAGAGUCUGCAAUUUCUGAGGACUUGGUGAGACCUGAGGGGCCAUCUGUUGAGUACCAUUGCAACUUUUGUUCAGCUGAUUGCCCUCGGAAGCGCUACCAUUGCCAGAAGCAGGCAGAUUUUGACUUAUGUACCAAUUGCUUUAACAAUGGGAAGUUUGGCUCUGGCAUGUCUUCUUCAGAUUUUAUUCUCAUGGAACCUGCUGAGGCCCCUGGUCUGAGUAGCGGCAAGUGGACAGAUCAGGAAACCCUCCUUCUCCUUGAGGCACUAGAACUUUAUAAAGAAAAUUGGAAUGAGAUUGCAGAGCAUGUUGCUACAAAAACAAAAGCACAAUGCAUACUGCACUUUAUUCAAAUGCCUAUUGAGGAUCUAUUCUUUAAUUCUGAUGAUAACUUAAACCUUGAUUCCAAAGAAACCGCUGGACCUGCUGUAAUGAGUGAUGAAACAUCUGUCCCUAAAGAUGUCCCUGAAACAACAGAGAGUAAGACUACUUCCCAAGAGGAUCAGGCCCAGACUACACCAAUGGAAACUUCAAAACAUGAAGAUGAAAAAGAAGUGAGGGCUGGUGAGGAAAUGUCGAAACCUGAAACUGGAACUGGUGUAAAAGGUGGACCGGAAACAUCAAAGUCAGAAGAAACCAAAGUAGCAAAAAAUGGACAAGACAUAACUGAAAAUUGUGCAAUUAUGGCUCUAAGGGAGGCAUUUGAAGCUGUUGGAUAUAAUUUAACAUCUGAAAGCACACUCUCAUUUGCUGAUGUAGGAAAUCCUGUCAUGGCAUUGGCAGGGUUCUUUGCACGUCUGGUUGGACCCAACAUUGCUGCUGCUUCAGCCCAGAGUUCAUUGAAAUCGUUAUCUGGUAAUUCUCCCAGCAUUCAACUGGCUGCAAGGAACUGCUGUCUUUUGGAAGAUCCACCUGAUGACAAGAAGGAAGCAACAGGUUCUGAGAGUGUUGUCAAUGAGAAGGGUAAUUGGGAUGCUCAGAAUGUCAAAAUCUCAGAAGACAAAAGCCUCAAGGAGGAUAAGUUCACUCCAGUUUUGGAUCAGAAAAGUUCAUUUCGCAACCAUGGGGACCAGAAGGCUAAAGUUUCUCUUCCUAAAGAAAAGGUGACAUCACUCCCCAAUGAUCUAUCCAACGAUAAAAAAGAGCCAGGCACUUUUGCAACUAACGAGGAAGUUAAAAAGGCUAAUUUGAAUGAAUCCAGCAUUAUUGAUCAAUCAAAGGAUCAUCAACCAAGUGUAGUGAGGGAAUCAGAUAACUUCGCAUCCCAAGUUCUACCAAGUUCUCUGGGGGAGACUGGGGGGAAGGAAACCUCAGCUGAAGAGCUUUCUGAGCCUCCAGAGGCAGUGAAGGAAGUAGAUAUGUCCGAUUCUAUUCCAUUGGAAAAGAAUGAGCCUUGUGAUGCAGCUGCAUCAAAGCCAGUGCGCGAUCUAUCUGAACCAGCAGAGGCAUUAGAAAAUCUAGAGACAGUUUCCUCUUCUCCAUCCAGAGCAAAGAAUGAGCAACAACCUGUUAAAUCAAGUUCUGGUGGGGAGUCUGCUCAGCCAACAGAGGCAUCAAAUGAUAUUGAAUUGGUGUCUGAUUCACAACCAUCAGAAAGGAGUGAGCCCCAGCAACCAGUCACAUCAAAUUCAAUAAAUGAAAAUGGAGCAACCACAGACAAGAUUAAAGAAGGUAAAAACGAGAACUGUGACUCUACAAAGAGAAAAGGUGAUAAUAACAUUGAAUUAAAGCGUGCUGCCGUUACAGCACUCUCAGCUGCAGCAGUGAAGGCAAAACUUCUGGCAGACCAGGAAGAGUACCAAAUACUACAGCUUACCACAUCAUUAAUAGAAAAGCAGUUACAUAAGAUGGAAGCCAAAUUAGAUUUCUUCAAUGAAAUGGAGGGUGUCAUGAUGAGGGUGAAGGAGCAAUUGGACAGGUCAAGACAGAGGCUUUACCAUGAGCGAGCACAGAUAAUUGCUGCUCGACUGGGCUUGCCAGCUUCCUCCUCUAGAGCAAUGCCACCAUCAAAUACUGCAAAUAGAAUUGCAACUAACUUUGCAAAUUCAGUUGCAAGGCCUCCUAUGAGCAUGACAGCCCCAAGGCCGCCAAUGUCGAGACUCAUGGGGCCUAUGGAACCUACCCCUUCCAACCCAUUUGUAUCCACAACAGUUGCAGGAAGCUCAAUUCGACCUGCUAGUGAGGACAAUCUUUCUUCAGUUGGAACAAAGUAGUCUAUUCUUUUGUACUUGUGGUUUUUGUUCUUGUUAGUGUUGCCAGUCAUUUUGGGUGCUUUUAAGAACUUGAGAUUUUACUCGGCUGAAU